AUGGAGCGUCUCGCGUUUCUCGUCGCGUUUUCGCUCGUCGCAAUCACCGCGCCCGGUGCGUUUUGUGCAAAAAUCCUGUUCGCCUAUCCUAUAGCUGUGACUAGUCACACACAAGUGUACGAGCCUAUAAUCGAGGCCCUGGGCCAACGAGGUCACAACGUGACAGUGUACGCAGGUUUGGCCCCGCGUCGAGAAAUGCCGCCGAAUGUUAACCUCCACAUUUCCAAGCAAUUGGAAAACGUUUUGUCAGGAGACUCAGGACCUUUGAAUAACUCUUUUCAAACACUGCGCACUCCGCUGAAUUUCAAAAUGAUUUUCAACUCGUUUGACUGGCCUCGGCAGUGGUGUGAAGAGAUUAUGCAAGACCCGGUGUAUCACAACCUGUGGAAUGCGUCCAACGACACGGUAUUCGACCUGGUCAUCGUGUCCAGCGCGUUCAACGAGUGCGUCUACGGCCUCAUCUGGAGGGACAAGCUUCCGUUCGUGCUGGUCAGUCCGACCGGAAUGUUUCCCUGGGUCGGAUACGCAAUCGGAAAUCCCAGCUACGUUGUGGCUGCCCCAACCCUGUUCCUCUCAUCCUCGUCGAAUCGCAUGAACUUCAUGGAACGCCUUUCCAACUGGGCCAUCUCUGUCAUUUACGGAGCCAUUUACUACUGGAACAGCGCACCGAAAACGUCCAACGUGCUCAGACAGUAUUUUCCCGAGUUCCCGCAUCCUAACGAGGUUACGAAGAACGCGUCUUUGUACCUGCUCAACACGGAUAUCAGCAUGGAUUACCCCCGUCCGCUGUUGCCAUCGGUGAAAGAGAUCGGUGGGUUGCAUUGUCGAUCAGCCCAACCUCUUCCGGAGGAUCUGGAAUCCUUCGUCACCAAACCCGGAAGUAGUGGACUCAUCUUGUUCAGCCUCGGUUCCACGGUCAAAGGUGUGCACAUGCCGCCUCAGUUCCGGGCGGUGUUCACCGAAGUAUUCCGACGUCUCCCCGAAUACCAGGUGAUGGUGCUGAUCAGUCGUGGAUGA